GGCAAGAGAGGAAUGACAAGAAAGUUUCGCCAAGAUCGCCACAAGUGCUGCCGCUGAGGAUGCAGCGAAGGGAUCAAGAAGAGCUCAAGAAAUUCUCGAGCGAGCUCCAGCGCGCUAACGCAGCUCCUCUGAGGCAUCACCUCAGGGAUUACGACGACGAGCUCCCGGUCUUUGACAACUCUGGUGAAGAACAUGAAGAAGAAGAACAAGAGGAUUUGGUCGUUGAGAAUGGCGAGUCCUUCAGCUCUUGCCGAGGCGCCACUACCAUUUCUUCUUCCACGCAAGAAAACCCCAAGGCAAUGAUCGCUGGCGCCGCUGGAAAUGGCACUCCAGUCAUUCCCAAGAUCACUGCUUACGUCUCUAUCUCCGGAUCAUCGUCAGAGGUACGUAGAUGAGUUCUUUUCGCUCUUUUGCUCUCUCCACCAGGUUCUCACUCCGUGCUAUACAGAUCAUCGAAGAAACUGGAAGCGAAUCCAGCCUCGCCAACAGCGCAAAGAUGAGAGUCGCGUAUGGUCAUCACAACAAAAAGAGAGGACUUUCAAUGGAGAGUUCUUGCAGAAGUAGCAACAGCAGCAGCAAGCAGGACGUCGUGUCUCUCGAGUUUCUGGACGAGUUUUGCCGCAUCUCGGAAGUAACUUCCCACUCGAGUUCUUGCUCCGAGGCCUAUCUCAAGGAAAACCCGGGCGCCAGUAAGGUGGUGGUGAUGCCAGUCGAUGCCGGGGAUAUGUUUUCCUGCAUCCGAGCUCGCCAGCGCUUAGCAUCAUCGUCAUCUUCAGAGGAACAGGAAAAUCGAGGAGAACGUCGUGCCGACAUAAGUUUCCUGGAGUUCCUGUGCUCCCAGGCGCAAGCCGGGACUAAUGGCGGUGGCGGCAACACGUCAAAGACCGAGAGUUUAUCCGGUAGUCCUGGAUCAUCCAAAAAGAGGCCGAGCACCAGCAGCAGCAACUCGAUGUCCGAGUCCACGACGAAGAAGCCGAGGGUGGGCGACGAACUUAACGCACGGAUGGAAAUUCUCAAGCUCUGCUCGCCGCCUGGAAGCACAGAAGCAAAGCCAGCAGCUGGUCGAACGCAAAGUUUCGAGGAAGAGAAAUUAAGCAUGCCAUACCUGAAGAGAGUGCUGGAUAGUCGUCGCGACGGCAAGCCAAGGCUGGUGUACGAUACGAGAUCACCGCCAUCGACGCCAGGUUCUUUUCGAUCGACACCGUUUGCGUCAGUUGGAUCUUCCUUCUCGAUGGACGACUUCAACACAAGGAGGUCUCUCUCUCCGUGCACGCCGCCGUCGGCCUCGUUCACUUCCGCCGGAGCUCUAAGCCCGGAGGAGAUGACGGCCAUCUGGAAUGCUUUCCAAGAGGCCCAGCUCGCGCAGUAGAAGAGAAAGAGCGAGAGAGACACCGGUCUGUGAGAAUCCUGUAAAUUACAAGAGUAAAAGAGUUCUACAAAGUUCACCUCA